CCCUCUAUUGAUAUGCAUCAAAUAGUAACGCUUUAUACACGACUGUUGAAAAAGUCGUCUGCUCUUAUCAAAAUUCCAAAGACCCGAACCGGAUCAAGACAGAAAUAAAGAAGAGGAGAGUCAGGAGACAAAGAGAACUAGAGAAGAGAGAGAAAUGGAUAGGGUGUUUUCAGUGGAAGAAAAUUCCGACCCGUAUUGGACAGCGCCACCACCAGCACCACCACUACAACCACCACAAUCAAGUUCAACAACAACAAUGGAUGAUGAUGAUUUGAGUAUGAAGAAUCAGAUGAUGAAUCGAAGUUCAUCUGAAUGGACUUUUCAGAAGUUUCUUCAAGAAGCUGAAACUCAUACUUUACCUUCUUCUUCCUCUGUAGCUAAUAAUAAUGAAGAAGUGGUUGAGAUUAAAGAACCUGUUAUUCUUCACCCUCCUCCUAAUCCUUCACAGCCGUCUGAUUUAUCAGCCAAUGGCAGUGUUCCCAUAGAUUCGGAGGAAUAUCAAACUAUUCUAAAACGCCGUCUUGAAAUGGCUUGUGCUGCUGUUGCUUUAUCUAGGGCAUCAUCUGCAAAAUCUCAGGAUUUUUCUCCUGUAGCUUACAAUGGGUCGCCGACCCAAGUUUCGGGUACAACACAAUUAGCAUCAUCCCAAGCUUCUGGUACUACACAAAUGGGGUCCCAAGCGUCUGGGAAAGGCCCUGGACAUGGUAUAUCCAUGGAACAAGAUAGGGCUGUUAAGGGACCACUUGGAAUUCCAGCUUUACCUGCUGUGUUGCAGAAAAAAUCAGGCGUUCAAAUUGGACGUACAACUAGUAUCUCGUCGAGAGAACAAUCUGAAGAUGACGACCUUGAUGGAGAAACAGAAAUCACAGAUAAUAUGGAUCCUGCCGAUGUAAAACGCGUAAGAAGAAUGCUGUCAAAUAGGGAAUCAGCUAGACGGUCUAGAAGAAGAAAGCAAGCACACCUAAGUGAGCUCGAGACACAGGUUGCGCAGUUAAGGGUUGAAAACUCUUCAUUGCUGAAGCGUCUUACUGAUAUAAGUCAAAAGUACAAUGAAGCUGCUGUUGACAAUAGAAUUUUGAAAGCAGAUGUUGAAACAUUGAGAGCAAAGGUGAAGAUGGCCGAAGAAACAGUUAAGCAAGUGACAGGGUACAACAAUCCAAUAUUCCAAGCCGUGUCUGAGAUAUCUACCAUGGGGAUACAAUUUGAUAGUAGCCCAUCAGACACAUCUGCAGAUGCUGCAGUGCCUACCCAAGAUGCCAUCAGCCAACAAUUUUAUCAACCCGUUCCUGACCCUCCGAGCGACCAGGGAGUGAGCAAUACAUCGUCUGAUACUCCUUCGGUCCUUCCAGUUGAAGACAUUCAGAAUUCUCCAGGAACCAACUACAAAAUGGGACGAACAUCCUCCAUGCAACGAGUUGCCAGUUUAGAACAUCUUCAGAAACGCAUCCGAGGUGGAACCACAACAUCUGAUCCUCAUACUGUGCAGUGGGAUCCAUCAUGGAACCCUGAAACACCCCAAACAGCUAAUAGUAACCCUAAACAAAGUCCAGUCUGAAACAAACUUCCACUUUCAUGGAUGAUGUAUAUGAUGGAUACAUAUUAUGGCAGCUUUAGUUAUUGUGUUCAGAAAUCUGCCAUCUUUGCUAUUCUUUUUUUAUUUCUUUGGUGAAAUGAAAAUGAGAUACUUAAUGGUAAUCCCAAUUCGAUCUUCA